UCCACGGCAUUUCCUUAGGGUUUUUGCGAAUAUUUGUCGAGGUCGUAAGAGGGUUUUAGGCUGAUUUUCUUCUUGGCUGCCGUUGCAAAACCAGUGCUUAAUUCGGUCUUCUACAAAUGGAUUCAUCAGCUCUCAAUUCUCCCGAUUUGCAACGAUUCCUCAAUCAAGAAAAGGAGAAGGCCAUGGUCAAUGAGAUGGUGGCAAAGCUUACAAGUGUGUGCUGGGACAAGUGUAUCACAAGCACUCCUGGGAACAAAUUCAGCUCGAGCGAAUCGGCUUGCCUUUCUAAUUGUGCUCAACGGUUCAUGGACAUGACCAUGAUCAUUAUGAAACGCGUUCAGUCCAUGCAGUAAACCUCGACCAGGCUAUGCAUGCAGUCAUGGUUACAAAUUAGCUUUUCCUGCAAAAUUUGCUGUAUUUUUUUAAACCGAUACUCUGUAUUUGAAAUUCCUAUACAAGGACAUCUUUUG